AUGGCCACAUGGACCCCCAAAUAUCCCCCCAAGAGGCUCAUCUUUGGCGUCCUGCAAGAUCCAAACACACACACACAGGAAAAAACCUCCCAGGGAUACCAGAUGGGCUACAGUCUGCAGACUUGCCUUUGUAACCAAAUUGCCAUGAAGACACCAUUAGAUUGGCAGAGCUCCUGCCAGCAGCUGCAGCUGAAGAAGGGGGUGUCUACAGCCAGCGAGGCGUUUGCAAUGAGGCCCGCACGGGUUCUGUUCCCUCAAGCAGGGCGUCUGUGGCAGUGGAGCCUAGAACUCCCUCCAUUUGCUGGUCCAGCCAAGAACCGACACAGCCCAGGCACCUCAUGCGUGGAUCCCAAGCAGCUCCUCCUUCGAGAGGAAGAAGACAGCAGUGAGCUUCCUGCUGUUCUGGGGGAUGAGGGCAAACACCCCGUGGUUUGGGAAUACAACGGUGAGACUCCCGCAGUGUGGGACAAGGACAGCGGACAUCUCCCGGCAUGCGACGAGGAUGGUGGAUGUCCCCUGGAAUGGGAUGAGGAUAGAAAAGCUCCCACAGCGUGGGAUGAUGGCCAACCUGCAGCAUUUUGGGAAGAGGAUGGAGAACCUGCAGCUCUUUGGGAAGAGGACGGAGAACCUGCCUCUGCUUGGGAAGAGGACACUGAACCUCCCUCUGCUGUGGGAUCCUGGGCUGAACAUUCUGACAGCAGCACAGCCUCGCAGCCAGAGGGGAGAGGGGAGUGGUGCCUGAUGCAGCUGAGUACGUCUGUUCUGUUCCUGUGUGCCACAGCAGGGUGCUGGAGCAUGGUGAGCGUGGGGGAGCCUGCUGAGAAAUACCUGGAACUGGGGCAGAUUGGCCAAGGGGCUUUCGGAACUGUUUAUAAAGGACUCGACAGGGCCACUGGAGGAGAGGUGGCCAUAAAGAAAAUGAGUCUCGGAGAGCAGAACAGGGAACGAGCUGUGAAUGAGAUCCUGGUCCUGCAAGGCAAGAAGAACCCCAACAUUGUCAACUCUUUGGACAGCUUCCUUGUUGAUGAAGAUCUCUGGCUGGUGAUGGAAUAUAUGGAUGGAGGAACUUUGCAGGACAUUGUCACACAGACACGCAUGGCUGAAGGAGAGAUGGCAGCUGUCAGUCGGGAGUGUCUGCAGGGCCUGGAUUUCCUCCAUUCCAACCGGGUGAUCCACAGAGAUCUGAAGAGCUCCAACAUCCUUCUGGGAAUGGACGGCUCUGUCAAACUGGCUGAUUUUGGCCUCUGCGCUCAGCUCGGCCCUGAGCAGGACCAGUGCAGCUCCAUGGUGGGCACUGCUCACUGGAUGGCCCCAGAAGUUGUGACCAGUUCUCCUUAUGGCCCCAAGGUGGACAUCUGGUCUUUUGGUAUUGUGACCAUCGAGAUGGUGGAAGGAGAACCUCCUUACUUCAAGCAAACAGGGGCUAUGGCUCGCGCUCUGAUCCGGCAGAACGGGACCCCGCAGCUGCAGGAGCCCAGGCGCCUGUCGGCUCUGCUGCGGGACUUCCUCGAGUGCAGCCUGGAGCCGGACGAGGAGCGGCGCUUCUCUGCCCAGGAGCUGCUGCAGCACCCAUUUUUAUCAUCAGCCAAGCCUCUCUCCAGCCUGACCCCUCUGAUCACUGCAGCAAAGCAACGGCGGGUGCAGCAGAGGAGAUGAAACAUCUGAGAACAGCUUUUUGUGACAGUAGUUAGGUCUAGUUAGGUAGGGUAGUUAGGACUGCUAGUUAGUUAGGGUCGUUAGGAGAGCCUGUUUGUUAUGGCAGGUUUUGGAAUAAAAAGUCUCUUAAAACCUCAACACCCUUGUGUUCCUUCCUUCUCCCCCUGUGACUCAGCUGCCCCGAGCAAUGCGAGGAAACAGGGUCAGGGACUUGUAGA